AAAUUUCCAUGCGUCGUAAACAAGUUUACUUUGCAUCAAUGCAAAAGACGAGGAAUGCGCUGAUUUCUCUACAAAUCACCUCUCUCAAAGAGCUAUCAAAUGCCUUUUUAGACCGGCAACUUUCUCGUGUUCCCUGGAUAUUGCAAUCUUGAACAUUAUUUACAAACGAAAGCGUUACAGAUGAUGUUGUGUUGACAGAAUUUAACUUGAGGUUACAUUGGACAAACAAGCUCUCUUCGGAAAGACCUUAUUUACAAUUCAUGAUGUGUACUUCAGGUGAUUUUGUCUUCAGCGUCCAAAUAAAACAGAGCUGAUUUGCGUUUCAAUGAAACGCCGACCAGUUUGGACGAGCAGCAACAAAAAUAUGAACUAAACAGAAACAAGACCUCUUUGCUCGAAUUUAGUCGUGUUACAUACUGCUAUGCUUCCAAACUUCAACGGGUUUCCUUCUCGUCGAUGUGUCAACAAAAACAUCUUUACAUGGUUCGUUAACAUUACUUUGUUUCUUCUGUCGUUAUCAAGCGUGGCUGCUCCUUCUAACAACCUGACUCAUCACGAUGGAUCAAGUGAGCGAACGCAUCGCGUUAGGGCUACAUUUCCACCGCCAGAAAUCGAACCAGAUAUAGUAAUUGGAGGUCUUUUCCCAAUCCAUGCAAGAAACGUCAGCAAAAAUGGUCCUCCUAAAUGUGGCACUCUCAACAUAGAACGGGGAUUUCACCGUUUGGAAGCUAUGAUCUUUGCUGUAGAUCAAAUCAAUCGAAACCCCAAUCUUCUUCCAAACAUAACUCUCAGUAUGUCUGCCUAUGACACUUGCGAUUGGUACACAAAGGCGCUAGAAGAAUCGCUCGAGUUUGUCAUGGAGUCGCAAUCUAAGACCAUUUGUGAAGCAGGGAAUAAGCCUGUUUCACCGGCGUCAAAGAAAAACAAAAUAUUAGCUGGGGUUGUCGGUGCGGCAUCAAGCUCCGUUUCUAUUCAAGUUGCGAACCUUUUGCGGCUUUUCAAACUGCCUCAGAUAAGCUACGCAUCGACCACGCCUGACCUCAGUGACAAAACAAAAUACGACUUUUUCAUGCGAACUGUUCCCCCUGAUAAUUACCAAGCCCGGGCAAUGGUCGAUGUUGUCCGGGGAUUGAAGUGGACUUCCGUAUUCACAGUCCACUCCGAGGGGAUUUAUGGUGAACGAGGAAUCCGAGAGUUUUCGAACGGAGCAAAAGCCGCAAAUAUUUGCAUCGCGGGUUCGUAUAAGAUCGAAGGCUCCAACAACGAGAUGCAAAUAAAAGACAUCAUAACAGAUUUUGGAAGACAUGAGCAAGUCCGUGGAGUGAUUUUGUUUUGUACCGAUACAGACGCAAGAAGGCUUCUCAGAGAGGUGAAGAGGCAGAACAGGGCCCAGCACUUCAUAUGGGUGGCAAGCGACUACUGGGGAACAAGAAAGAAGACCAUCAAAGGCCUAGAAAAAUAUGCAGAAGGCGCCAUAACUAUUAGUCUGACGGAAGCCCUUGAUCCAAAGUUCAAAAACUACUUUACUUCUCUUAAACCAGGCACAAACAGGACCAAGGUGAAUCCCUGGUUUGAUGAGUUUUGGGAGAUGAAGUUUGGCUGCAGACUACAAAACAAUGAAAGUUCCUGUUCUAAAAACUAUUCCCUGGCAGCAAGCGAUGUGCGUAUCGAUGAUAAAGUGCCUUUUCUCAUUGACGCCGUGUACGCUUUUGCAUAUGGUUUGGACAAGAUGUACAAACGCAUGUGUGAAGCACAGAACGGUCUUUGCCAAAGAAUGUUAAAAGAAUUCGAACGCAAAAACCUGCGCGAUGAGCUUUUUAACUUGACUUUUACUGGAGUGACAGGCGCCGUAAGUUUUGAUAAGAACGGCAAUGGUCCCGGGCGAUACGACAUUUAUCGCCUGGAACGCAGUCGAUACAGAAAAGUUGCGUCCUGGAAUGGGAAGCUGUACAACGCAACGAGGCUUUUUCAAGGAGGCAAAAAUGGUACGAUUCCUUUGUCAGAUUGCAGUUCACCGUGCGAGGCCGGGUAUCGAAAAAUUUUUGACAAGGAGGGAUCUUGUUGCUGGAACUGCGAACGCUGUGCGGAGGAUUAUUAUGUAGAAGAUGAGACAAGUUGUAAACUGUGCCAAAAAGGACAACGGCCUAAUGCCAAGAGGAACGGCUGUGAACCACUGCCUCGACGUAACAUUGCCGGAAGCUGGAUAGUUAUGGUCAUGUUAUUUUCUGGCCUCGGCAUCAUGAGCACAAUAUUUGUUGGGACCCUAUUCCUCAUCAACAACGACACCCCUCUGGUGAAAGCCUCCGGAAGGGAACUGUCAUGCACACUACUCUUCGGCUUGUUGUCUUGUUAUACAUUUUCGUUUUUCAUGUUGGCCGAGCCUUCGCCCUCCAUUUGCGCCAUCCAGCGGUUUGGCCUGGGAUUCUCGUUUUGUGUAUGUUAUGCUUCCAUUCUCAUCCGAACCAAUCGAAUCGCAAGAAUUUUCGAGAGGAGCAAUCGAUCCACGAAACCUCCUCUCUUCAUCAAUCCAGCGUCACAGAUUGCAAUACUGACAGUUUUUGUCAGUAUCGACAUUGUGUUCUCAGUCAUUGGUCUAGUAAAAUGGCCUCCAGAAACAAUCCUUGCCUACCCAACAAAUAAAGACGUUUUACUGAUAUGCAACAUUGAAGAUUACGAUUUGGUUUUCGCACUGACGUACAACGUCUUGAUUAUCAUUCUUUGUACAUUCUACGCCUUUAGAACGCGUAAAACGCCAGCGAACUUCAACGAAGCCAGAUACAUCGGAUUUGCCAUGUACACAACUUGCAUCAUUUGGGUGGCGUUUCUUCCCGUACAAAUAGGCGUGAACAAAGACUACGCUACCAUAACACUUGCAAUUAAUACGACUUUGAACGCCACAACUCUGUUACUGUGUAUUUUUGGACCCAAGGUCUACAUCCUCGUAUUUAGGCCUACGAGGAACCUUCGAAGUAGGUCCUUAAAUAGUUGGCGCGCACACGACGCUGAAAAUGUCCCCAAUACACAAGGUCGCUUACAGUCCGACAACCAAGUCACCGACCCAAGCGUCAAGAGUGCUGUAACUGAGUUAGGAAUCGAUAAUCUUACUAUACCAAAUGAGUUUGCGCAAGGCGAGGCCGCGUUGUGAGGAAAUAUCGCGGGCUCCGUCUCCGUAUCAGUCUAAAGUCCCACAGUUUCUUGGGUAAGUUAAGUGGGGAAACUGUAAAUCGACAGUGAAUCUUUCACUCUAAACGCAACUCAAAUACGCAAAUAGAAGCUAUAACUUCUUAGUUUCCGUCGUGAAGUCAAGAAAUCUUUCCACAAGAUUUUUGGAAAGCCCUAGCUCAACUUGAAGGAAAGUUAAGUCCACGUUUGCGCGAACGGCAAACUUCAAAAAUUGAUCACUUUCUUCUUGUUGUCAGAGGAAACGAAAGCGAAGUCCAAGACAAUUUUUUUUUUCAUUCCCAUUUGCUUUAAGAAUAGUUAUAAUUAUAAAAGUAGAUAGAAAACUUAGAAUAAAUUAUUUUUAUAAGCCAAUCAAGAAUUUUGCCGACAACAUAACAUCAAGGACGGCAAGCGCAAGAAAGCGCGCGAAAAUCUGCGCGACCAAUCAUGGUUGAUCUUUAUUACCACUUCAUUUGGUUGUAAAAGGGCGUCAACUUUUUUUCAGCCAAUCACGGACAGGUGGAUUCUUUUCCUUUGAAAAAGUAACUUUUUGAUUAAUUUUAUUUAAAAUUAACAACAAAAUUUAAAAUAAUUGAGAAAAAUCUUAGUUUAGUAAUGUACAAAAUCGAAUGAAAUUGUUUUCUAAGAGAGUUUAUAGAUAUCAUUAGCCUACGAGAAAACCCUCGUUACUCGUGCUUCGGUACAUGCAUUUCUUCGCCCGCCGGAAAGUAUGAAGCCUGGAGCAUAAGUGCCAGACUCCUCGCAAACCUCUCCCCGACUCUUCUCAAUCUUCCCGUGAGCGGAGAAAAGCGUGCCUUACUACGCUUAAAAUGAGGAGCUACUCGCAGGCUAAGAUAUCUGAAGUUUUAUUGUUAUCUCAAAGAUAAAUUUAAUAUUUUAUUAAGUUAUUAACGAGUAUACGUAAUUGUAUUAAAGCAAUUUAACUUAUUCCGUACGUUGUAUAAGAUAAGCGCUAUGUUCGUGUAAAGUUUUUAGGUGAGGUUGAAGCAAUCGCGUUGUAUAUAGCUUUUUGGAAAACAAGUUACAUUGCCUGGGUUAGCUGACGUAGUUUGUAAUACAAAAAAAGAGAUUUCUUAAAUUUAGAAAUAUUUUUUUUUUAAAAAAUUGUUGUAGUACUUUAAGAAGUAUUCUGAAAUAAGAAAAGGCAAAAUAGUUCUUGUUAAAGUGGGCAAUUUUUAAUUGUGUCGAAAGUGAGCCGGAAUUGCAUUGGUUUUGCUUUACUACGCUCUGUGAUUGGUCCAGAAAACUCGUGCCACUCUCUCAACCAAUCAGAUUCAAAACCUAAAACCAAUCGCACCACGGUCACGCGCGUUUUCCCGCGCUUUAUGCAGUUGACUUGUUUUUACUUUGCCUUUUCUUUGGCUCCUUGCGUUAAUUUGCCUUGUUCUGAUUAGCUUUUGUAAUCACUUUAGUUUUUGUUCGACAUCGCUCGAUUAAAAAGCACUCUAAUGUUGAAAUCAACAAUUCAAAUUAAUUGCGGGUUUGUUCAGCUGGUUGACAGGAUAAAACUCCACGUCUUAAAUUUGUCGUAUUUUCGUGUGACAUUUCUGAAACACUUUCUUUUAAAAGGAACGAAUCAUUCUUGCCCAUGUUAAAUUCACCAUAUGUUUCCAGUCUCAGAAUUUUGUGAAUUCAACGCUAGGCAACGCUAUGUACAUACGCAUGCAUCGCUGCAUUCAAAAUUACAAAAUCUGAUUCUUAUUUCCCAGUCACUUGAAAUAA